AUGGGGUCCAGAUCUCGGAACGAAAAUUUCCAGUCCGGCGAUGGCGCCAGCCCAGGGAAAAUAUUCAUCGGAGGAUUACACAAAGACACCACCAACACUGUGUUCAAUAAGCAUUUUGGCAAGUACGGAGAGAUUACAGAUUCAGUGAUUAUGAGAGAUCGAAAUACAGGACAACCUAGGGGAUUUGGUUUCAUCACCUAUGCUGACGCUUCUGUAGUUGACAAAGUUAUCGAAGAUACUCAUAUCAUCAAUGGCAAACAGGUUGAGAUCAAAAGGACUAUCCCGAAAGGUGCUGGUGGCAAUCAGUCUAAGGAUUUCAAGACGAAGAAGAUCUUUGUUGGUGGUAUACCCUCCGCUGUUACCGAAGAUGAACUGAAGGACUUCUUUGCCAAGCAUGGGACUGUGGUGGAGCACCAGAUUAUCCGUGACCAUGAAACAAACAGGUCCCGAGGUUUUGGUUUUGUGAUUUUUGACAGCGAAGAGGUCGUAGACGAAUUGUUGUCCAAGGGAAACAUGAUCGACUUGGCAGACACUCAGGUUGAAAUCAAGAAAGCAGAACCAAAGAAAUCUUCAAACCGUUCACCUCCUCCUUAUGGUAGUCACCCUAGAGGUCGUUCGUUUAACGAUAGUUAUGGCAAUUAUGGUGGACCUUAUGGAGGUUUUGAAGGGUAUGCUCCUCCAGGAGGUCCCAUUAGGUCACAUGGAGGUCCUCCUAGUAGGUUUGCUGGGGCAUAUGGGUAUGGUCGUGGUGUAGGUGCCGAAUUCGGAGGGUAUGGACCAUAUGGUAGCUUAGGAGGUUACCGUAAUGAACCUCCCCACGGCUAUUCUAGUCGUUUUGGACCCUAUGGUGGUGGGUUUGGUGGUGAGGGUUACGGUGGAGGUUACGGCGCUGGUGGGUAUGGUCGUGGUGGAGGGGAAGGCUAUGGGGCAUAUGGUGGUCCAGGUUAUGGUGGGGGCUUUGAGUCUGGUGGUCCAGGUGGCAGUUAUGAAGGAGCAGGCGGUCCAUAUGGGAGGGGUUAUAGUAGCAGUAGUCGAUACCAUCCAUAUGCAAGAUAG